GUUAGGCCACGCCCCCUGUCUCCUACCUGUUGAGCGGUGUAAAAGAAACUCCCAGCUACCACCUGGACAAGUCAAGAUGAGUCUACCGGAAUACAAAUCCUCAGAAAAACAUUCUUUACCCGCAAUUCCACACUCUCCUGUUGUGCAGUUGAAUGUCGGGGGUCACCUGUUCAGCAGCUCUCUGAGCACGCUCAGGAAACACCCCGACUCCAGGCUGGCUGAGCUGUUCAGCACACAGCCCAAACUACGUACCGACUCACAGGGACGCUACUUCAUCGACCGCGAUGGUUCACACUUCGGAGCGGUCCUCGACUUCCUGAGAUCGGACUGUCUACCCACAGAGAACAUCCAGGAGGUUCACAGAGAGGCGGUGUACUACAACAUCAAACCACUGAUGAAACGUUUGGAGGAAAGUCCUCCGCUGUUUGGAGAGCUGGUGGGAAGGCAGCAGUUCCUCUCCAGAGUCCCGCACUACAAGGAAAACAUUGAGGUGCUAAUUCGUAUCGCCAGAGCCGAGGCCAUAGCCGCCCGCCACUCCACCAUCAUGAUAUGCGUACUGCGGACAGAAGAGGACUUGGGUUUCUAUGACCACGCCAUCAACAGCCUGGAGGCAGAUAAGGAGUCCGUGGUGACGUUUGGACCCUGGAAGGCCGCGUUGUCCGUUAAAGACCUGCUGGACUGUGUAAAGAUGGACAUCGAGAGUCAGGGCUACAGGGUGAGCAUCAAGCCUCACGUUGUGGAGAAGAGCUUCCUGUCCAGGAGCUACGACUACUUCCACAAUCUCAUAUUCACCUGGUGGUGAUGAGAGGGGCUGCUUUAGUUACAGCACACGUGCAAACUGUACUUACUGUUUCUAUAAAGAACAGACAGCAUUUUGAUAAAUAAAAUUUGGGAAAA